AUGGUCGCUAUGUCUAUCCUAAGGCUGCCUGGCCAAGGGCUCGGUGACCCAAUGCUGCUGGACAAGAUCGACCAGCUCCUAGCUUGUAGCCUUGGUGAAUAUGUCAACUUGCCCCAGCUUGUCGUCGUGGGGGACCAGUCCAGUGGCAAAAGCUCUGUGCUUGAGGGUCUUACAAGAUUGUCGUUCCCCAGAGAUAGUGGGCUGUGCACUCGGUUUGCUACUCAAAUCACCUUCCGGCGGAUCAAGGCGGACACAGAGAGGACUAUCAGUGCCUUCAUCGUUCCAGCACAUGAUAAAGACCCGGGGCACACUGCUCGUUUGGCAGCAUGGAGAGGAAUCAAUAUGGAGUCACUCGACUCCGAAUCCUUCGCUGAAACAAUACGUGAAAACCUGAUGACAUUGAAUGACAAGUUUCAUGAGAAGCUUGAGGAAACUCAAAAGAAAAACCACCGGGAGAAGUACGAGUCCACAGAAAACGAGGCCAAAGCUCCAACGAGUAACACCGAACGGACCGUCCGUUACAUCCAUGACAUUCUGGCAGCCUACUACGAGGUCGCAUCCAAGCGUUUUGUUGAUAAAAUCUGCAUGCAAGCCACCGGCUACUGUCUGCUCACCGGACCAUACAAGCCGUUUGGACUUUUCUCUCCCCAGUUUGUUGCGAAUUUGACGGAAGAUCAGUUAAUGGAGAUUGCGGGGGAGAAUGCGGCGCUGGGUAGGCAACGUGCGCAGCUGAAGAAAGGGAUCAAGGACCUGGAAACUGGUCGGAAGAUUAUGAUGUAG